CAUAAUAAUGCUUACUCAAAAGCUAAACGAAUACGUUCGAAAAAGUGUACAACAGGUUGCCCUUAUUUUUAAAUUAGUUUUAGAAAUGUAAUAUACUGUAUAGCUCUUUGUGGCUUAAGAAGUGGUCUCUACUGAAACAUGUUUUCAAAUAUUUUAAAAAAAUGAGUACAGAAAUCUCACCGAUCAGUGUAAGUUUCAGUAGGGAGGAAUUUAACUGUUACGCUAGGGUUUUUGUAUACAAAAGUUGAGAGUAUUGUGGUGUAAGGAUAACAAACGUACUGUCAUUCAUUUUUACCUAAGGAUAAUUAGGCGAUCUCAGAAUUUAAUAUCGUCACGUGUUUUUCAUAAUUCAUAAUAAAAGCAUACCGUUUGUGCUUUCUUUACCUGGAAGUUUGUUUUGAGGAUGUAAUCAAGUAUUGUAGUUGGCGUGCUUGGAAGAAACUGGCACUGUAGGCGCUUACUGAUAACUAAAAAAUAAACUUCCAGUUUUUAUUUGAAAACGGCGGUAGACAGAAAAUUAGCGCCGCCUAAAAACAUCGAUAUACUCCUGAAAUAGUGACUUGUUUUCGGAUAAACGUCUUGAAUGGAUCGCAGGCAUAAACAAUUUCUUCGAGAGCACAGAUUGGAGCUUUCUAAUCAGCUCGUAUUAAUUGACACCACCAUAGUUCAAUACUUGUAUCAAGAAAAUAUUUUAACAGAAAGCCAUGUGGAGGAAAUAAGAUCCCGGAUAACAAACAAACAGAAAACACUCGCAUUGCUGGAGAUUCUCCCCACCAGAGGACCAAGGGCGUUUGAAACAUUUCUGGAGUCUCUGAAGGAAGAGUUUCCGUGGGUGAGAGAGAAAUUGCUCCAGGAUUUAGAGAAUGCGACUAGUGAAGUAAAUUCAACAGAACCACUUCUGCAAAUUUCAGAAGAAAUGCUGAACAGUGUGCCUUCUGACAAGCAGCUGAACAAACUCGUCGGUAGGCUGGGACCAGAAUGGGAAACCCUUCUUCUGGAUCUUGGUUUGUCCAGCAAUGACAUUUACCGCUGCAAAGCCAACCACUGUCUCAAUGUGCAGAGCCAGGCCUUAGCAGCUUUUGUGUUGUGGAAGCAAAAGUUUGGGAAGCGGGCAACUGUGAGGUGCCUUCAUAACAGUCUGCUGACAGCGGAAAUAGACACCUCUGUCGUAGAUGACAUAUUCCAGUAAAAGAGCAGCAUUACUGAUUGGAUUAAUGUGCUGGAAUUCUAAGUCUAAAAACAGAGCUGUUGACAACAUACUCCAGUGUCAGCUUUCCUGGAAACAGGACAUUUGGCCUUUUGUAUGUUUCUAAAUGAGUAACUGUCUUCAUAUGCCUCUUCAAGAACUAUUGAUUUUGAUGCCACCCCACACUACAGACUGUGUUACAAAGGGAAACAGCAUUUAAAGUCAUGGUGCACAUUGUACACAAGAAGGUUACACUGAAAUGUACUUAGUUACCCUGUGGUUAAAGUGAGUUUCAAGUGUAUUUUUACAACAUAUGUUUAUAUAUACAUGUUUUUAAAAAUAUAUUUCUAAUUCUGAUGUA